AUGAAAUUGGUCAGAUAUUAUUUCGUGCUGGUGUCGCUGAUGUGGAAUGGAGUUGAGGCGCACAACAUGUAUCGUAUGUUGGUGGUGGUCUACAACAGUCACGUCAGUCACUUCAUUCUCAUCUCAAACUGCAUUGCUUGGGGUUGUUAUUACAUUUAUUACCAGAAAAAUUACUUUACAUUGUAA